AUGUGGCAAAAGGCCGCAAAGUUCAAGGGGGCCGAAUACAUCCUCAAGGCACUUUUCCGGAGCCCAGGGUCGGUGGAGAUGGAUGAGAUCAUGGCAGCCAUGGUUCUGACCAGUAUGUCCUGCAGCCCUGUGGUCCAGAGCUCUCCUCAGGGUCAGAAUGACCCUGUACCAGGUAAAUUAGUUCAUCAUCAGGGGCGGAGACAUGGAGUGUGGGGGCGGAGACAUGGAGUGUGGGGGCGGAGACAUGGAGUGUGGGGUGGGGAUCUGUCAGACAGCGGCAGCAGUGGCUACUGGAGCUGGGACCACGACAACGUUAGUCCCGCCCUGUCCCUGUCCGUCAUCGAGAUGGACAGCAGCCCCGACGAAGGACUGCACACGGAGCUGGAGCAGGGUAGUUCUUUCAGAGGAGCGUACAGGUGUCUGUGGCCCAGCUGUGGCAAGGUGCUCACGUCUUCAGUUGGUAUGAAGAGACAUGUCCGUGUGAUGCACCUGGGCAGCGGAUCGGAGCAGUCCCACAGAGAGGAGGAUUUCUACUACACUAAGUUCUCCUGCAAAGCUCCACCAGCCCUCGUCCCGGCCUUGUCCUCUCACGUCCCAUGGGCAUCCUGUGGCUCCCCUCCAGACCCUGGUCCUGGUCCAGGUUCCUGUCUGCAGAUCCCCUCCUCACCCUCGUCCUCACCCUCAGGGUCAGGCAGCUCCAGGCCCAGCUCAGGCCCAGGGUCAACCCCAGGGUCAACCCCAGGGUCAGCUCCAGACCAGCCCAGCCCUCUCAGCCAGUCUGCCCCCAGUUCAUUUUGGCAGACAGAUCACCCGUAUCAGGCCUGCACUCCCCUCCAGGUGACGGUGUCCUGUCACAACUCCGCCCCCUGUUGUUGGACCCCUCCCCCUCUCACCGUCUCUAACCAGCCCAGUCACCACAACUCUCAGGUGGUGAGGGGUCGCUGCAGGUCUGUGAGUGUGGGAGAACAGUGGCUUCAACAGAACAGCGCCACCAACAGGCUAACCACCAUGAGAGCAGCCUCUCCGUCACGCGCUCAAUGCUCCUUCAGGAAGGGACGAGGGGAGGCUAAGAAGUGUCGUAAGGUGUACGGAGUGGAGCACAAGGAGCAGUGGUGCACGGCCUGUCGCUGGAAGAAAGCGUGCCAGCGCUUCACAGACUAAACGAGGGCGCGAACGACAGAUGAUGGAAAAAAGAGAGAGGUCACGAUCACAACCAGGGCCUGUUAGCCAGCAAGAACAACUGUUUUUUUCUACCUUGUUUUUCCCCUCAAGGAAUAAAGUGAUUUCUGUAUUUUAAAAAAAAUGUAAAAGUUGACCUGAGCAGUGAGUCAGUGUGUGUGAUGUUAGUAGCUAGUAGUUGAUAUUAUGACGUGGUAGGCCUACAAUGUUCGUCCUUCCUAGCCUGGUCCCAGACCUGUUGGUGCUGUGUGGCAUGACAACGACCAUAGGAGUUAGUUAUACACAGGGACCGAACUUUUUGGGGUACUGGCUUGUAACCCUGGGUAACAAUCGGCUCAAAAGUCUGUGCCAUGCGAUAUUUCUAAGGACAAACUUUAGACCGUCCUGGCGGGCUAGUGUGGCACAUUUUCUACUAGCCCGAUCUGAAAAGUACAAGCCCGAUCUGAAAAGUACAAGCCCGAUCUGGCGGGCUGGUUUAGUUUCCAUCCCGGGUUGAGCAAGGUGCUUCAUCCUUAAAUGUUCUCCAACUUCUUCUUCUAUACAGCACAAACAGAUCUGGCCCCAGGAUACACGUCUCUCCUCACCUCUCAUGUCUCUCCUCACCUCUCAUGUCUCUCCUCACCUCCCACUGAGAACAUGUCUCUCCUCACCUCCCACUGAGAACCUGUCUCUCCUCACCUCUCAUGUCUCUCCUCACCUCCCACUGAGAACAUGUCUCUCCUCACCUCUCAUGUCUCUCCUCACCUCCCACUGAGAACCUGUCUCUCCUCACCUCUCACUGAGAACCUGUCUCUCCUCACCUCCCACUGAGAACCUGUCUCUCCUCACCUCUCAUGUCUCUCCUCACCUCCCACUGAGAACCUGUCUCUCCUCACCUCCCACUGACAACCUGUCUCUCCUCACCUCCCACUGACAACCUGUCUCUCCUCACCUCCCACUGACAACCUGUCUCUCCUCACCUCCCACUGACAACCUGUCUCUCCUCACCUCCCACUGAGAACCUGUCUCUCCUCACCUCCCACUGAGAACCUGUCUCUCCUCACCUCCCACUGAGAACCUGUCUCUCCUCACCUCCCACUGAGAACCUGUCUCUCCUCACCUCCCACUGAGAACCUGUCUCUCCUCACCUCCCACUGAGAACAUGUCUCUCCUCACCUCUCAUGUCUCUCCUCACCUCCCACUGACAACCUGUCUCUCCUCACCUCCCACUGAGAACCUGUCUCUCCUCACCUCUCACUGAGAACCUGUCUCUCCUCACCUCCCACUGAGAACACGUCUCUCCUCACCUCUCAUGUCUCUCCUCACCUCCCACUGAGAACCUGUCUCUCCUCACCUCUCAUGUCUCUCCUCACCUCCCACUGAGAACCUGUCUCUCCUCACCUCUCAUGUCUCUCCUCACCUCCCACUGAGAACCUGUCUCUCCUCACCUCCCACUGAGAACCUGUCUCUCCUCACCUCCCACUGAGAACCUGUCUCUCCUCACCUCUCACUGAGAACCUGUCUCUCCUCACCUCCCACUGAGAACAUGUCUCUCCUCACCUCUCAUGUCUCUCCUCACCUCCCUCUGAGAACAUGUCUCUCCUCACCUCCCACUGAGAACCUGUCUCUCCUCACCUCCCACUGAGAACCUGUCUCUCCUCACCUCCCACUGAGAACCUGUCUCUCCUCACCUCCCACUGAGAACCUGUCUCUCCUCACCUCCCACUGACAACCUGUCUCUCCUCACCUCCCACUGACAACCUGUCUCUCCUCACCUCCCACUGAGAACAUGUCUCUCCUCAGCAAUGGACGACCUAUACCUCAAUGUGAUAUGCUAUCUAUGAGAUCUUUUGGACUAUUUUGUAUUUUUGUGUUUUUUUUAUUGUUAUAUAAAGAGUUUAAUGUCA